CGGGCCGGACAGGCCGGGGCGGGGGCCGGGCGGACUGGGGCCGCUACCGGCGGCCACGUGGGCGGUCCGCGCCUCCGCCAACCCCCACCGGCUUGCGGGCUCGGGUGCGGGGCCUCGUGACCUUGGGGCGGCCGGGCCUCGCGCUCGCUCCUCGUUUCCGGGCCGCUCCUUGCCGCGGGCCCCGCACCGAGACGGCCCCCUCCCGCGGCCCGCGCAGCGCUCCAUUCAUCCGGUGGUGGUCCUCGAACCGCUACCGGACUCCGUGCCCGCGCGCGGUCCGGCGGGCGGCCUGUGGCGGCGGAGACAACGCAGUGCAGCCCGGUGCGGUCCGGCUAAGGGGUCGGCAAAGGCCUGCGUUUUUGGGCCGAGCCCGGGAGCGAAGUCUCUGGGAGUCAGCCUCCGGGUCUAUGGAUCAUCAAGCCACGUGUUCCGACACCCAUGAGGACCACGACACCUCCACCGAGAAUGCUGACGAGUCUAACCAUGACCCCCAGUUUGAGCCGAUAGUUUCUCUUCCUGAGCAAGAAAUUAAAACGCUGGAAGAAGAUGAGGAGGAGCUUUUUAAAAUGCGGGCAAAGCUCUUCCGGUUUGCUUCAGAGAACGACCUCCCAGAGUGGAAGGAGCGAGGCACUGGGGACGUCAAGCUUCUGAAGCACAAGGAGAAGGGGACCAUCCGCCUCCUCAUGCGAAGGGACAAGACACUCAAGAUCUGCGCCAAUCACUACAUCACGCCGAUGAUGGAGCUGAAACCGAACGCAGGCAGUGACCGUGCCUGGGUCUGGAACACCCACGCUGACUUCGCCGAUGAGUGCCCCAAGCAGGAGCUGCUGGCCAUUCGCUUCCUUAACGCCGAGAACGCACAGAAGUUCAAAACGAAGUUUGAAGAAUGCAGAAAAGAAAUUGAAGAGAGAGAAAAGAAAGGAUCUGGCAAAAACGAUAGUGCUGAGAAAGUGGCCGAGAAGCUAGAAGCACUCUCGGUGAAGGAGGGCACGGAGCUACAGGACGAGGCCAAGCAGCCGGCCGAGGAGGAGCAAUGAGUCGGCUCCCACGUCCCUUUCUCCCUGUCUUUUCCCUCUUUUCUUUUUUUAAAUUUUGCCCUGCCCCUUUUCCAUUUGUUUUUAUUCUGUUUUGUUUUUACAAGGGACUUUAUAUAAAAGAACUGACUUCCGACA